AUGUCUGCCUCUCUCAGGACGCUGGCGCCGUUCCUGCGGACCGCUCGCGUCUCCCUGCGCAAGCCCGCCAACCCUCUCAUCACCCUCCAGCGCCAGAGCGCUUCCCCUAUCCUCAACCUCUCCAGAACCUAUGCCGUCUAUGAGCGCAGCAAGCCCCACGUAAACAUUGGUACGAUCGGUCACGUUGAUCAUGGAAAGACGACUCUGUCCGCCGCCAUCACCAAGAGGCAAGCCGAGAAGGGCCUGGCCAGCUUCCUCGACUAUGGCUCCAUCGACAAGGCUCCUGAGGAGCGGAAACGUGGUAUCACCAUCUCCACGGCGCACAUCGAGUACUCGACCGACAAGAGGCACUAUUCCCACGUCGACUGCCCGGGCCACGAGGAUUACAUCAAGAACAUGAUUACUGGUGCCUCCAACAUGGACGGUGCCAUCAUCGUCGUCGCCGCCUCGGACGGUCAGAUGCGCCAGACCCGUGAGCACCUGCUGCUCGCCCGCCAGGUCGGUGUCCAGAGGAUUGUCGUCUUCGUCAACAAGGUCGAUGCUCUCGAGGAUCCCGAGAUGCUGGAGCUCGUCGAGAUGGAGAUGCGCGAGCUGCUGAGCUCGUACGGCUUCGACGGCGACGAGAGCCCUGUCAUCAUGGGCUCCGCCCUCUGCGCCCUCGAGAACAAGCGCCCCGAGAUUGGCGAGCAAAAGAUUGACGAGCUUCUCCAGGCUGUCGACGAGUGGAUCCCUACCCCCGUCCGCGACCUGGACAAGCCUUUCCUGAUGUCCGUUGAGGAUGUCUUCUCCAUCGCCGGCCGUGGUACCGUUGCUUCCGGCCGUGUCGAGCGUGGUGUCCUCAAGAAGGAUUCCGAGGUCGAGCUUAUCGGCAAGGGUGGCGACAUUAUCAAGACCAAGGUCACCGACAUUGAGACCUUCAAGAAGUCGUGCGAGGAGUCCCGUGCUGGUGACAACUCUGGUCUCCUGCUCCGUGGUGUCCGCCGUGAGGACGUCAAGCGCGGCAUGGUCAUUGUCAAGCCCGGCACCGUCACUGCUCACACCCAGUUCCUCGUCUCCCUCUACGUCCUGACCAAGGACGAGGGUGGCCGCCACACUGGUUUCCACGAGAACUACCGCCCCCAGAUGUUCAUCCGCACUGCCGACGAGUCCUGCGCCCUCUUCUUCCCCGAGGGUACCGAGGACCCCAGCUCCAAGAUGGUCAUGCCUGGUGACAACGUCGAGAUGCUUGCCACCCUGCACAACCCCGUCGCUGUCGAGGCUGGCCAGCGCAUCAACAUCCGCGAGGGUGGCAAGACCGUUGCCACCGGUCUGAUCACUCGCAUCAUCAAGUAA